AUGUCUUGCUCCAGCCUGUGCUAUCCAGAAUGCAGGGUGGCCCGGCCCAGUCCAGUUUCUGGCAGCUGGAACGAGCCAUGUGUUAGGCAGUGCCCUGACUCUGAAGUGGUCAUCAGACCAUCACCCAUUGUCGUGACCAUCCCGGGACCAAUUCUCAGCACUUUCCCUCAGCAGAGUGAAGUGGCAGCUGUAGGAGCACCUGUGGUCGGAGCCGGCUAUGGGGGUUCAUUCGGUUUGGGGGGAUUGUACGGCUAUGGAGGCCGUUACGGAGGAUUGUAUGGUUACGGGGGAUUAGGUGCUUAUGGGGGCCGUUAUGGUUACGGGGGAUUGUGUGGUUACGGGGGCCAUUAUGGUUACGGGGGAUUGAGUGGUUGCGGGGGCCCUUAUGGCAGACUGUGCGGUUAUGGGGUCCGUUAUGGUGGACUGUGCGGUUAUGGGGGAGGUUACGGGGGAUUGUGUGGUUACGGGGGAGGUUAUGGUUAUGGAGGAUUAUCCAGUUCCGGGGUAUCUUGCCAUAGGUACCUGAGUGGAAGCUGUAGGCAUAUGCAAAGAAAAAGGAAGAACCAGGAAAUGAACAGCAAGAUACAGAUUGAUGGUUUAGCGCAUAGGCCUGUCUUUGAGAAGUGCUGA